UGAGGCCGGGCUGUAAUCCACCUCGGGAGUUGUCUGCUUCCUCCCUCGUUCUUGUAGUUUGUGUCACCUUGAACAGAUCACAGGUGUCAUUUUUUACAUUCCAGAAUAAGAUGUUUAGAAGUACAGACCGUAGGUACAUACAGUGGUACCUCGGUUUUUGGACGAAAAUUUCGAGAUUUUUUUGCUUCGCUUUUCGAACAAAAAUCUGUGGCACUUAUAACGCCCCUAACAAAACCCAGAAAUAACAGAACGCGCGCGGCCCGACCAGCUGACCCACCCACGACGCUGUUUUUUUAUUGUCAAUUCGAAGGAACCCUCGAAAAAAAACCCGGAAAUAACAUAACUAGCGUGGCGGUUGAUUCAGUUUUCGAGCAAAUCAGUUCUCGAACCGCCUUCUGGAACGGAUUGUGGUCGAGAACCGAGGCACCACUGUAGUUAUUUGUUCUUCUGUAGUGAUGAGUUACUCUGUCGACAAAAUAGCGUCGUUAAUACUUUGUGCUGACACCUCAACGCAAGCCAUUCUAAUCUGUUUACGCCGUCGCAGUUGGAUGUUUGUUUAUUGUCUUGUCACAUCCUCUCAAUGUGACUCAGCGUGGCGUCGUGCAACGUAGCCACCGAGCCCCACGUGGCCCAGGUUGCGGGGGUCCCGGUUCCGGUCUUUGCCUGUAAUCAGAGAUUACAAUUAGAAACCGCUGAAUCACACUUAACCCGGGAAUCUGCUCGUAGUCGCCAGGCCUACUUGGACGGCAAUCGACCUCACGGAUCGUGCAAAGCUGGAGCAUCGGUACCACGGCAGAACUGAUCCUUACAACUGAUGGUGGCACUGUAAGGCAAUCGAAAGAUGUUCGAUCCAAAAUGAAAACAUCCGAGGGGGAAACAGGUGGCAGUCGGUUGCUGACCAGUUUAGGCCAAUAGUCUUGAGUGAGCACACAGAAAAACUCGGAACAGGAGAUGAACUGGGAUGUACAGUAAUGAAUACUUGUGGAGGCACCAUCCGGCCAAAAUUUCUGGAACACUCAUCCUGUUUGGGAUCACAUUGUGGACUUGGAAUCUAUCCAAAAGGUGGACUGGCCUCCCCACCGGCUGGCUGAUGUUUUUAUUUGUAAAUUCAGCCAGCCUCACUGUUAGGUGGUUUAUGGAUUUUGGCAAGAAACCCUCCUAACACGGAAAUCUUUCUCAUGCAGUCUAAAACGUCUUUGUCUGUUUUCUCUAUGCAGGUUUCCUCCAGUAGCACUAAGUAAGCACCUUCUCCUUUCCCCCAGUCAGUCCAGUAACUCCUCUAAAAGGCUUAUCUUAAACAGGAUUAGCGAGUUCAAAGAUCUUCUGUCCCGGACCCAUCUGCCCAUCUACCCUGAGCCAGGAAGUGUCUUGUAAGCAGUAUGUCACCGCGUUGCCGUCGUUUUUGGAGGAAAACAUCGAGUGGUCGCUCGCGACAAGGGUUGUGACGUCCAUCUGUACCGGGAGUCUUAUUAAUUAUGCCGACUCGUAGGACAUCAUUGCAAAACUCAGGAGGAAGUACUGGUUACAGGAUCUAAACGGGGAUUAAAAAUGUCCAUUUUGUGGAGAUGGGUUUUAUUUAGUUUAGUGCUGCUGUUUUUGGACCUGAGGACAGGUAUGUCUGACUUGAUAGCCAGAUCAGAUCUCCUCCAGAAGUCAAGCCUGAAGCUGUUCUUGAUGCCUCCACUAGACGCCAUACUGGAAGGAUCCUCCAUGGGUCCGCCCGAGGUGCCAUUCGGCAGAGGAGGGGAGUCGUACCGGCGUGUCGUUCGCGUAUCCGACGUCGCGGUCUCCCGGGGUCGUGUGGCUCUGACCAGGCACAAACGCAACGUCCUCUUCCCGAGCGGAGUCAAGCUGUGCGCGCAGGAGAACGCCAAGCAGGUGGUCGCAAACCACCUCAGUUUUUUCAAUCUCAGAGUGUGCCAGGAGACGGUGUGGGAGGCUUUCAAAAUCUUCUGGGACCGCCUCCCUGAACAGGAGGAGUACCAGAGCUGGAUGAACCAGUGCCAGGAGGGGUCGGUGACAGGGCGAGACAUUGGCACCUACUUCAGCCAAUCGGAGGAGCACCAGGAGGUGGUCAAAAAGAAAAUGUCAGCGCCCGGCUUGAAAAGUGAACCCACCAAGUCUGGACAACAUACAUGCAGCACUUCGGCCCCCGCCGUGACGACGUCGCCCACCAAGGCUCCCGCCAAAGACGAAAAAGUCGAGGACGCGGCAGAAAUGGAGCUGGACAACGACAUUCCGGUGGAGCCCCUCCCGGCGGCCAUCUUGGAGCAGGUGGUGGAGCUCAGCAUCCUCCUCACGGGCGUCGUGUACAACGAUGACUUGGACGACGCCGACUCGCUACACUAUCAGACGCUCAGCAGGCAGCUGGCCCAGAAGAUAACGGACGCUCUGACUGGACUUCCUGGUUUUAGGAGUGUGUCUGUGAUGGACUUCAGGCCUCACAAGGAUCUGCAAGGGCUGGACGGCAUCGUGGUGGACUACGCGGUCACCCUGGUGGUGGACGACGCGGGCAUCAGCGGCGACCAACUGGACUACCUGACCCUGCAGUCCAACCGGGUGGAGAACUCGUACCGCGAGGUCAAGGAGCACCCGACGCUGGUCUACGCCAUCAGCGAGCUGAAGACCUUCGUGACCGAGGACCUGCUGAAGGACGCCCUGGAGAGCGUGCCCGAGACCCCCGAGACCGUCCACGCAGCACAAGAAACCUCGGAGGAACCGGAUGAGGUUCACGUCCGGGACGACGUCACGGGAGAGCAACUGCUGCCCGAAAGCGCCGGAGGGGACACGGUGCCGACGUCUGAAAGUGAUGUUGUUGUCCUGGAGGAGAGUGUUGAGAUUUCCUCUCCUGCUGUGCUCGCGACGUCCGCGACUGAAAGCGGCGGCAUCAGGGAAGAGGAUCUGCUUCUGGAGAACACCGUGCAGACCACCGCUACAGAGAACCCCCCGGAUGAAGACCAGCAGGAGCCUCCCCUACCUGAGGAUCAAGAUGGCGUCACGUUGCCUGAAUUACCGGCGCCGGUGGAGGCCUCGGGCACGGGUGAGCUGGACAACCUGCUGUGGCCGGAGAUAACGCUGGCGGCGAAAGACGCGGAAGACAUGGUCGUUCUGGAGGAGGAGAAUCUGGAUUGCAGUGUCGACACCGAAGACCUCAUCGUGAAUGAAACGGGAGAAGAUGACUUUGUUCCUGGUGAAGAGAGUGAGGCGGCCGAAGACGGAGACUCUGGACAUCCUGAGGAACGUCCCUUUGAAGAAGCAACACAGAGUGAAGGACAAACUACCGAGCAACCGCCAGCUUCAGUUGAAGAAGCGCCAACGCCACUUGAAGAACCUCCACAAGCUUCCGAAAUCGCUACCGACGAUCUCUUAGACGACGACAUCUUGCUGGUCAACAAGGACACACUUGAACCAUCGGUCAGCGUUCCUUCCAGUUCCGCCCAACCGACCGCAACGUCUGCCGAGAAGGAGUCGCCGUUCACACGUAUCACCGACGACGAUACAGAUGUCGAGGGCCAACUCGAUGGCGUCGUCCCCUCACUCGUGGAGAUUCAGAACAGCGAUGAAAACAACUCUCCCAUUGAAGACCUCGCUUACGACGUCUUUCAUUACGGGUUGAUCAACCACACGGAAGAGGGCAGCACGGGAUUCCCGUUCAGCGUGUCACACGGCACCGAUCCGGCCAGCGUCGCCAUGCCGGCCAACCCUGGCCGAGCGCUCAUGGUCUUCUUCAGCCUGAGGGUGACCAACAUGAUUUUCUCUGAGGAUCUCUUCAACAAGAGUUCAGCAGAGUACAAAGCACUGGAGCAACGCUUCCUAGAACUGCUCGUGCCCUACCUCCAGUCCAACCUGAGUAACUUUGAGAACUUGGAAAUCCUGAACUUCCGCAACGGGAGCAUCGUGGUCAACAGCCGGAUGAAGUUCGGGAAGCCCGUGCCCCAGGGCGUCGCCACCACUGUGUAUCUGAUCCUGGAGGACUUCUGCAACACGGCCUACCAGACCAUGAACCUGGCCAUCGAUAAAUACUCUUUGGAUGUGGAGUCAGGCGACCAGGCCGACCCGUGCAAGUUCCAGGCGUGUAACGAGUACGCCGAGUGCAAGGUGAACAAGUGGUCGGGCGAGGCCGAGUGCGUGUGCAACGCCGGCUACUUCAGCGUGGACGGCCUGCCUUGUCAGAGCAUCUGCGAGCUGCGCAGCGACUUCUGCCUCAACGACGGCAAGUGUGACAUCAUCCCCGGCCAGGGAGCCAUCUGCAGGUGUCGUGUCGGAGAAAACUGGUGGUACCGAGGAGAGCACUGCGAGGAGUACGUAUCCGAGCCUCUGGUGGUCGGCAUCGCGGUGGCCUCGGUGGCUGGGUUCCUCUUGGUUGCGUCCGGAGUCAUCUUCUUCCUCGCCAGGACUUUACGGGAUCAGUACGAUAAGGAUGAGUCGGAGGACCCGAUACGCCGCGCAGAGAGCAUUCCGUCGCUAGAGAGGGCGACCAAGUACAACCCCAUGUACGAGAGCGAGGCCACCACCGGCUACAGCCACUACUACCGCCGCUACCCGGAGGCUCCCGUCUACAGCAGUGCCAGCGCCGAGGCCUCCACCGACUUCAGCAGCGAGGAGAUCCGACAUAUCUACGAGAACAGCGAACUGACGAAGGAGGAAAUCCAAGACAGGAUACACAUCAUCGAGCUCUACGCCAAGGACCGUCAGUUUGCAGAUUUCGUGCGGCAGCAUCAAGCUGUUCUGGACACCCGAAGAGAAAGUUCUUCUGCACAGACAUGAAGCAAGAAGAACAACAGCCGAGCAUUCCGGAAGGUUCCGGUGUGGCCGAUCCACCAAGAUCUGUCACCCAGGACGUCUUCGGCUCUCACCUCACCUCUCACGUCUUCGCGGGGCCAAGCAAGGAAGCACUUGCGGACCGUCCCGUCCUCCCCUCCGUCCUUGGUGCCUUUAAGCGUCGCUUGUGUACAAACGGUUCCGUGUUUAGUAGGGUAGCUACUAGAAGAUUCUUCUGACGGUUUUCCCGACGUUUGUGCGUUUGUGUUGCUCGAAACGGGCCGGGAGAUGCCGAGGAACCUGCGAUUUGGUGGACGCCGUUGAUUUAUCGACAUUGUGACGUCGUCAACAACGGUGAAAGUGACAGUGUGGAGUAAACGCUUGUCUCGUGCACGACUUGGCAUCAAGGCGGGCAAAAAUAUUCCCCGCUGGAAGCGUUUUCCCCACAUUUCAAGGCUCCGCCAAAUCAGACGUUUGGACGUGUUUGGAUGCAACUGCGGCGGAGGCAGCAGGCGCGAGUAGCGUUUAUAACGCCAGGGGCCGGAAAUAAGUGAAAACACAUUUCGCCGUUUUGAGCGAACGGUGCAACGACAUUGCUAAGGAAUGGGGGGGAGCAAACCCCCCCCCCCCCCUUAAGUAAAAGUCGGUUAAGCAGCAAUUCCUUCUUAAUGCGACUACCAGUUUGGCCCCGUCAUUGUGUUUUCUUUGGUUUUUCGCUCGCAUUCCACCCUUGGAUGCGUUUGACUCCCAUCAGUGUUGUCCGGCUGAGCCCUAAAUCGUAGCUGUCCCCCUUUCUUAGGAUGUUUAGCUGCCUUUAGAAAAACUAAACUCAUAAACGAC